AUGGAAGUCCGUGAGGGAGCCCACGAGUUGGUUAAGGGCAGUGUGAAGACAACUUUCGUCUUUGGUCCAGCUGGUGUCAUGGAUUCAUCGACUACCGCAGACUUGCAGGACCAGCACGACCACCUCCCGCCCUUUGUGAAUUCCACCAUCAAGAACCCCCCUCCCAGCUACUGGCUCUCUGCCGUUACCCCUACUACUUCUGGUGACGACCACCCCGCUACUACCCCUCUCUUCACCGACAAGGACAUGGUCGAUGGUAGUGUUGAUGGCUCGAGACUGGGCAGUAGCAGCACUACAGUGCAGAAGCAGAAAAAGAAGAAGAAACACAAGCGGAAGAGGCGCCGGGACAGGGACGAGGCGGCACUCGACGAGAGUAGUGAUGUUGAAGACGACCGUGAGGAGAUCGCGAUGGAGAGCGCUCGAAAGCUAUGGUUAGAGGUGUGUAACGAGGAGCCCUCCCCGGCUGCUAUAAUGCCUGCGAUGCAGCUCUUGAGUAAUGCUGUUGACGCCACUGUCGUCCCCUCUGGAGGACCUGUGGUUCUGGCUCCAUCUGGCAUUAUGAGGCCGCCCAUACAGGGGUGGGUCAUGCAGUUGGAGGCAGCAGGUGGAGCUGAAGUCGAUGCAGGGCCCGCCCGAGUGGAGGCCGCUAUUACCUUGCCGUGUGCGAGCCAAAUGAAAGCCCAGUAUGGCCGGUAUAUGAGGGAGGAGCCGCCGCCAUUGACACCAGAGGUGCUGUGGGUGACGGCUGAUGGGGCAAGCUCGUCGCCCCAGCCGGACAUGCCUCGGGCCGGGCCUGUGCGUUGCUCUACGGUGGCUAUGGAUCUUAGAUCGGAGUCUCUUACGGAGGCUCAAAUACUCAGAAGUCGCCUGCGAGAAGUAGUGGAACGCAAGAGGGAGUUGGCGUGCAGAGUCAAGGCUCGGACUGAAUCCUUCACGGUCGCUCGGCGGUCCAUAAAUGCUCCGGUGGUGGAGAAAAUGAAGGCUUUGGUGAGGGCAAGGCCUCCGCCGAUGAACGUAUACCCUCAUAAUGGGGACCUCAAGCCGACUUUUGGAGUCACCACCAGUGACGAUCCAGAGGGAGACACGAGCUACCUGGUGUGCUCGAUCUGUCUGGAACCGGACCUGGCCCGGGGCAAUCAGAUGGUCGUCUGCUCUGGGUGUGGGGUGGCUGGUCACCAGUACUGUUACGAGAUCAGCAGAAUCCUCGACGAGGACUCCUGGCUCUGCCGUUUGUGUUCUGCGCUGGAAAAUGGUGACGCCAGCGAGUCUGAUGAUCUGAGUUGUUUUCUCUGCGGUGGUGAUCGGCGAUGCCUUGGUGGAGGCCUGAUGACGUCGGUGAUGCUCCGAGGGAGCAUCCGAUGGAUUCACGUGAGGUGUGGUAUGUUCGCAUGGAAAUGCCGAUCGAUUCCGGAUGUUGAGCGAGCAGCUAUGCGCUUCUCUCGGACCGAAUCGACUGCCCCUGUUUGUGGCAUCUGCGACAAGGCUGUGGGGGAAACUGUGAGAUGCGGCUCGACGGGAUGCUCCCAACACUUCCACGUCAGCUGUGCAACUCGCAACGCCCUUACUAUCCCCGACCCCACGAACCAUAACUGGCUCAUAUACUGCCGCCAGCACAUGGCAGAUGUCGAUGCCUUUGGUAUGAUCGACAAGCUCACUAAAGCUAUCGCUACCUCGCCCUAUGCGGAACAGACGGAGGGUGGCUUCGCAGCUGCUAUCGCCAACAGUGCAGCAGCUUCAAUAGUCAACGAAGGCUAUGACCUCUACCGUGGCGUCGACGCGGAAGAUCUCUGGCUUGCCUGGAUGGACCCUGGUGUGGCAGUAAACGACUCAAAGACCCCCGAAUCGGUCGCGGACCGGCCUUCCGUUCUGACGACUCCGGCCACGGCACCACCUACGACCAGCCCGAGUGGGGGCCCAUCGACUCAGCCCUGCGUGAUGUGUUUGCACAGUGAUGGUGAUCUCGUGGACAUACCAGGAGGCCCUGGUGUCCCUCCAGGUUGCUCGGCCAAAGUCCAUCUCCGAUGCGCCCACUGGAUGGGCCUAGCGCCGGUCUUCAACUUUCAUGACCUCCGCCAGGGGUCCGUCAUACGGCCCCGUAAUUUUCUCCAGUCUUGUUACUAUUGCCGCAGCGUUCUUGGUAUAACUAUGAAAUGCUCCAAAUGCAACAGAAGUUUUCAUCCCCAUUGUGCUGCCAAAAAUGGUUGUACUGUGCGACUAGAGGACUACGAGUCGGGCAUCCACUUGUCUGGAAGAUCUGCAGAGUUAUGGUUGUCGAGAAGAACCGUCAAGGGAGGAUUCUCUGUCUGGGUCGAUUGUGAUGCACACUAG